UUCGUUCAAUAUCACAUGACAAAAUAAUCAUCAUCUCGCACUUGUGACUUUUGUGGAUCGAUUCGGAAGGCAAACCAAGUGAAAAAAGGAACAACAAAAUAUCGCCAAGAUGUAUAUGCGCUCAGCAAUUGGAUAUACAUUCGUUGGAUCACUGGUCUCUGUGUCCACCGUAUUGAUUCUAUAUCAUGUCCUAACCGGCAAGGGUGAACGAGUUAGUGUCGGCUGGUUCUUGGAAGAAACCUCGCCGUAUAUGUGGGCUACUAUUGGCAUUGGUUUAUCAGUUGCAUUGUCUGUAGUCGGUGCUGCACUUGGAAUCCAUACGACUGGCACAAGUAUCGUUGGCGGUGGUGUCAAAGCACCACGCAUCAAAACAAAGAAUUUGAUUUCAGUCAUUUUCUGCGAAGCUGUUGCCAUUUACGGAUUGAUCACUGCCAUUGUAUUGUCUGGUUUGCUAGAGGAAUUCAGCACCGAAGUCAUAACCAACAAUGAGAACAUCCGCAACAACAACUGGAUGGGUGGCUAUGUAAUGUUCGGAGCCGGUUUGGCUGUCGGCCUCGUCAAUCUAUUUUGUGGCAUUGCUGUCGGUGUUGUUGGAUCUGGUGCCGCUUUGGCCGAUGCUGCCAAUUCAAAUUUGUUCGUGAAAAUUUUGAUUGUUGAAAUUUUCGGUUCGGCCAUCGGUUUGUUCGGUUUGAUUGUCGGCAUUUAUAUGACAUCGAAAGUAAAAAUGGGCGACAAAGAGUAGAAAUAUGGAGUGGAGGAAAAGUUUUUUUUUCUGUCUGCUAUGCCGUUUACGAUGUUCGUAUUAUUUUUUAGUAAAUAAAAUUCAGAAAAAUUGAUUCAUCCAUUCAAUGGGAAGAAGAUGAAUCAGUUUGCCCUUUUCAAAUAAUUGCAGUAAAUUUCAAGUAAUCCAAAUGUCAUAUGAAUAAUAUUCAUUUUUGUGUCUCAAUUUAGAUAAUGUACUUAGGUGGAUCGUUAAAUCAUCAUUUAAAUACCAAAAACGAAUACCACAAAAAGUAUUUUAAAAAAAAAACUUCCUGAACUUUACGAUCAUCCAAUUACCAUCUUGGUAAUUGAAAUAAAAAUUAUUUUUGUUUUUUGUUUAAUAUUUUAUGAAAAAAAAUGUCGAUGUUGCGCCAAUAUGUUUCAAAUCAAAAGCAAACCAACUAUGAGACAUUCCAAUUUUUUUUUGAUCGACUGACUUCGAUUUAUUUUUGUUUUUUAAAUUGUGCAACGUGCUGAAUCGAGAUUCUGUUGUUACGGGAUCGAAUGUUCAACAAUCAAAACUGACGCAUUUUAAUUUACGUCCCUCCAUCCAGUCAGUCUGAUGCGCACACAUCCCCUACUUCUUUUAUUGUUUAUUUGUAAAAAUGAGAAAAUAUGUAAAAUAUUUAAGAG